GUUGCUGACUCUGUCAUCCAAGUUCGCCAGCAGGUCACGACUUUGGUCCCAGCUUAUUCAUUCUCACUUACAGACUAGCUUGUUGUGAAGUUGGCGCAGGGUCUGAUCUGGCAGUUGCUUUACUUUUAUUCCUCUCCAGAACCUGCUCUGAUCACAAUGGGGCUCUCUCUGUGCUUUAAUAGGCAUUUGGACUUAAGCCAUUCUGGACUGAAGUGGUGGUAAAGAGGGAAAAAAUCAAGACUUUCCCAGUAUGUCUUCUCUUCAGUCAUUACCACUAGCAACCUACAGCCAAGUCACAAAUCAACUGAGACCUCCAAGUUUGAUAAGCAGAAACAAACUAAUCUGUGUGGAAUCGGUGAAUUCAGAGCAUAUUCCUCUAUCUCACGCCUCAUCAAGGACUAGCUGUCUUGCUCCAGUGACUCAAGUCUCCCUUCAGUCAGAUCAACUCUCCAGGCCAGUAGUAGCUGGACAUGACAGGAGUACGAGGUCCCAUCCAAACAGUAUGGAAGCCAUCAGAGAAAUCCUCCUGUCUGUUUUGAACCUGUCUGCACUGAAACCACCCUCGAGGCCUGGAAAGAUGGGGUCCCAAGCUGCUGGAUGGCAGGAGCCUCCUGGGGAUUCCUGGAAGGGGAGUAGUGAUGAGUCUGAAGACACAGAGGAGGGACGUAGCCAGUCUAACACCACUCUUCCUCUUAGCCAAAUUGAUAUUAGGUCCAUGCGGCACAAGGCUGCCUGGAUUAAUUUACCACAGUGUGCAGUGUCUGCAGAGGAACAGUUGCCAGAUUCGUCCACCCCUGUGCCAGUAUGUGAGAACAACAAGGCCCAUUUCAUAAGCAGCCACAGACCUUUUCCUUUGGGAUGUUCACCUACGCCUCCUGGUGACUCCCUCACAGCAACCCUAUUGCUGGGAGAUAGUAUUGCUACAGAGGGCAGCUCCCUCACUUGUUCAGAAGAAACGGAUGUGCACUUGUCUCUGUCUUCAUCAGAACAGCAUGUUACGCUUCCAGAGAGCCUGACUCCAUCAGCCAUCUUAACAAGGUCUAAAAUUCCGGCUCCUUCACCAUUUCCAGUGAAUGGCAGUGCUUCCCACCAGCCCCUCAAGCUGAUGACCCCUACUGAAGAAGGUACCAACCCAGCCAGCAGAAAAGCCCUUCCUCUGAAUAGCUUUUCACCAGAGACGAUGAUGCUUCCUGCUGAUGUAGAAAAGGAGAAUGCCCACUUUUAUGUUGCAGAUAUUAUCAUAUCUGCAAUGGAGACAAUGAAAUACAACCUCCUGAAUCAGCCUCCAGGAGAGAGCGGGGAAGGAUUGGAAAUGAGUGGCUCCCUUGGAAGUGAUCAAACUGACUUUGAGAGGGGCUUUUAUAUCCCUGAAAAGCAAAAAUCUUCAUCUGCUACUUCAUCCGACAGUGGCUAUGAAGGUUGUUCUGCAUUGCAAGUAAACCCAGUAGUUGAAACACCCAUUCAUCAACAGGAGCUUUGUGAAUGUGGCUCUGAUGAUUUUGUCAUUGUGGAACUUGAUGACUUUGACAAAAUCACAGAAACUUGUACAUGUUUCCAUGACUUGAACAAAAGAUGCACUGAUGAGCUGGACUUCAAUUCAGCUGAAUUGAUAGCGAAGGACCUAUACCGAUCUUUCUGCAGGCGUUCUAGGUUGACAGAGGCUGACUUUCACCUAGCAGGCUCUCUCCAGGCAGAUGGGUCAGUAGCUGUAAAUGAAGACAGUCUUCAAAAAGACUUUGAGUCCAGUUUGGAUAUAGUCAAGGAGAUAAAGUUUAAGUCCAGGAUUAGAGGGACUGAAGAUUGGGCUCCACCUAGAUUUGAAAUAAUAUUUAACAUUCAUCCACCACUCAAGAGGGAUUUUGUGGUAUCUGCCCAAAACUUUUCCUGCGCUGGCUGUGGAACACCAAUAGAACAGAAGUACAUUAAGAGACUCCGCUAUUGUGAUUACCUGGGGAAGUAUUUCUGUGACUGCUGCCACAGUUACGAAGAAUCUUACAUCCCUGCCCGGAUCCUCAUGAAAUGGGAUUUCCACAAAUACUAUGUCAGCAAAUUUUCCAAGCACCUGCUGGACAGCAUAUGGCAUCAACCCUUGUUCAAUUUGUUGUACAUCAAUCAAAACCUGUAUAGCAAAGUCAAGGAAUUGGAUCGAGUCAGGGAAAUCCAAGAGAAGCUUGUUCAGAUUAAGAAGCUAUUAAAGACCUGCAGAUUUGCUGAAAGGAUAUUAAAAGAUUUUGAGCAGGUGCCAGGACACUUGACAAAUGAACUCCACCUGUUCUCUCUGGAUGACCUCGUCAAGAUCAAAAAGGGACAAUUGGCUGCUGUUCUGAGAGUACUUUUGAAAGCCUCCCUUGUUCAUGUGGACAGCUGUGAACUAUGUCAAGGAAAGGGGUUCAUUUGUGAAUUUUGUCAGAGCACAGCUGUAAUCUUCCCAUUCCAGACGUCGACAUGCAAAAGAUGCCCAGCUUGCAAAGCUUGCUUUCAUAAACAAUGCUUCAGGUUGGCAGACUGCCCCAAGUGCUUGAGGAUCCAAACUCGAAAGAAGCUUUUGCAGAGUUUGCCCUCUGUGGCAACUUGAAACCAAAAGUAUUGUCCAGAUGACUGCAACUCCCCACAUGUAUUAGGGAAGCUGUUAGGCUUGCCUACCACUGUUAAUGUUGUUUUAGACAUUGGAUGUAUGCUGUGUAUAAAGAAAUGAACUUGCUAAGCACUGUAUUUCUUUGUAUAUAUUUAAUUUAAAAAAAUACAGAUACUUGGCUAUCCAAAGUGGGGGCUUUGUUACUCCUAAUAACUCGGUUUAAAAAAAUGAAUGUUCAGGAGAAUUUCUAAUGGUAGUGAAUUUUUUGCUGCUAAAAGGGCUUUUUAAAGUAUUUUGAUACUUCUUAAAUUGUAUUUGGACAAUUCUAGUUUUGCUUUUUAUACGAAGUACAGUUUCAAAAUGAUUAGGUCUAUUUUUUUAAAAAGCAAGUUUUAAGUGUUGGGAUAAAUUACUGAGUUUUUCUUCCUUAAAAACUGAUUAUGUGAAACUGACUGUAUUUUCAUUAAAAUAAAUGCAACAUCA